AUGCGGCGGUCGGCUGCGAACGACCGAGACCUCCAGAUCUUCUACGACAACACCGCACCCCCAGGCCAAGGCGAAAAGUCGACUCCCCGUCUCUGUCGCGCCACCCCCGAGGGACCGCCCGACGAACGAGCUGUCGAUGUAUGGCCAGCGAUGACUUCGUCCAACGCAGCCAUGGCCGAGAGCAGUGGCCAUGGCACAUCGCUGCCGCCUGCCGCCCCCGAUGAACUCGCAGAUGCUCGCCCGGACCCAGGUCCAAGUCCAGGUCCAGGUCCAGUUGAGGAUGCACCACCGCCACCAGCACCACCGACACCGAGAGUAGCAACAGUAGCAACAACAGCAACAACUUCAGACGCGCCCUCGGCCCAGGCCUCUGCACAGGAUUCCGAUCCGAGUUCAAUACAACAAGACGCGCCCGCCCCAGAGCCAGUUUCCCAGGCCCACCCCGAACCUAACAAUGACAAUGCGCCCGAGGCAGAUCAUCACGUCUUCGAGUCGGCCGAGCAGCCGCCGGCCCAGCAGCAGCAGCAGCAGCAGCAGCAGCAGCAAGAGGCUUCGCAACAGGAACCCCAGGACCAAGGGCAGACCUCUGCUGUCGCCUCUCCCGCUCCCAAUUCCGCAUCUGCACUGCCGCCGGCCAUGCCCCCCGUCUCGGCUUUUCAGCAGCUUCGCGACCAAUACAUGCCGUCGCCACCAACCGUGUCGCCCCUCUCGACACCUGCCGUGACUGCGGUACACAGCACCAACGGCGACGGCGCGCUCGACGACGACGACGACAACACCGACUUCCCCAGGCUGAACGACGAGAGGCCCGCGGCCCACCCGGACCCCGACGCCAUGGACAUUGAUCAGUCUCUCGCCUCCCAGCAGGCGCAGGCGCAGUCGCAGUCGCAGUCGCAAGGCUAUGCAGCCGUCGCCACCACCGACGACGACAUCGCCUACCCGCCUCAGACCCUGCCUUCGUCGACCCGCGCCAAUAUGUCCCGCCAUGCGUCCCUGUCGCACGUUGACCCGGCCGCCUACAUGAUCAGUCUGGCUCAGGCCAACCAGAUAGGCUUCAACUACGAAUACCCCGAUGCCAUUGCCCCAUCCGAGAUCUCAUUGGCGGCAUCCCAGUUCCAGGACGAUGACAACUACGAGCAGACCUCGGCAAGCGUCGCAGCUAGCCAGAGCCAGAAGCUGGAGUCGUUCGCGACCAUAGACUUUGCCGACAGUGAGUUCCAGAUGACGACCUACGCCGUCAUCAUUGGCCGCGACCAGAGAGCGAUGCAGCAGGCCCGCAAGGACGAACGUCGGGCACAGCGCUAUCAAGAGGCUGUCGAACAGAAUGAGGCCAUGGGUCUCCCGCCGCCGACGCCGGUAGGCAGGAGCAAGGGCAAGUUCAGCAAGUCCUACGUCAGCGAAGAGGGAGGCAUGCUCGGCCCAGAGUCCGACGGCGAGGAUAGCAACGCGCCUGUGGGCAAGGCCCCCUCGGAGCACAAUGACCCGGAAGACGAGCCGAGAGGGAUUGCCAAGUCAAAUCGGCAGUAUGUUUCUCACAGCGAAGGGGCUGCUGCCAUUGAUCUCAGCAGCCUGCAGCCAUCCACCUCGCAUGUGCCCUUCGUCGGCAUCCACUCCCCAGGACCAAACAUCGCGGCAAGGACCAAGUCCAUCUCGAGGAAACACAUGAAGAUCCAGUUCAACGAGCGGAGGGGCGUCUUCGAGGGCAUAUCACUGCACAGAAAUGGUUUCUUCUGUGAUGAUGUGCAUUAUGGCUUGAACAAACCUGCUACCCUUCGAUGCGGUGCCCGUCUCCAGAUCAAGGACGUCGACUUCUCAUUUCGAAUCAACGGCGUUGAACUCGGUAAGACCGGUGCUGAAGAAUUGGAUGAAGAGACGUCCAGCAAGGUGUGCUCUGUUGGUGGCAAGGAGAUGAGCCUAGAAUUUGAGCAUGAUGACAAGAAGCACCUCCGUGACACUAGCGAUUCACUGUCGCCCAUUCCACAUCAACCGACUCCGUCUCCACUGUCAGAAGACGGGGAGCCACCCGCAGACGAAAUCAUGGGGGAUAUUGUUGAGGCGCCGAUAGAGGAACAAGUGGAGCAGCUUCAGCAGCAGCAGCAACAACAACAACAACACCAACAGCAGGUGGGAGAACAAGCGGACUCCGCCAUGGCUGCCCACAUACCCAUGGACAUCGACCCCAUCAUGCAGCUAGCCGAAGCAACUGGAGACUUUGGGUCUGACUUCAUGAUCCCCCAACUUCCCCGAAGGCGCGGGCCUGGGCGGCCCCCAAAAGAUGGCAUCAUGUCUAAACGGGAGCGUCGUCUGCUGAAGAAGCAGCUCGAGGCCCAGCAGUCGCAGAAGACUGUGCCUCAAGAACCACCCGGUGAGAAGAUCAAGCGCCCAGUCGGCCGGCCUCGGAAGAAUCCUUUGCCGGAAGGUGACGAGAAGCCAGAGAAACGGAAAUACACCAAGCGGAAGAGAGAAGACGACGAAGAGGGAUCGGAUGGGGAGAGACAGGCCAACAAGAAGGAUAAGAAGGUGCGGCCCAAGUCACCACCGCUCGACUUGAGAAGAGAAGACUACACGGAAGAGCAGCUGCAAAAGCCUGCCAAGAAUUACGUUGUGCUCAUUGAUGAGGCUUUGACUGCCGGGCCACCAGAGGGUCUACAUUUGAAACAGAUCUACAAGAGAAUCACGGCGAGGUAUCCUUGGUAUUACUUCUUUGCAGAGACGAAAGGCUGGGAAAGCAGUGUACGGCAUAAUCUUAUCGGAAAUGAUGCCUUCAAGAAGAACGAGGAGACCAAUCUCUGGCAGCGGAUUCCAGGGAUCGAGCUCGAUGCUGGCAAGAAGCGCAAAGUCACCACACCGGAACCUCACCUGGGCAAUGCGCUCAACAUGGGGCAGCAGCAGCAGUACUACCACAAUGGGAACUACAUGCAACACGGUGGUAUGGGAAAUGGAAUCAAGUUCGAAGAUGGGCUACCCGGACAGCAUUCGACGUAUCCUGCGCCACCUAUGGGUCAACACAACCAACCAUAUGCCAAUCUCCAAGCACAACGCAGUACUCAGCAUGUUCUCAUGCCGCAGUCUCAAGGUCCAACUGCCGUACAAUCGCCGGUGGCCGCUGCUGGUGCUGUAAUGCCCCAGCAGGCGCCCAGGCCCCAGCAGAGCGCCUACAGUUCACCAUACGCCCGGCCACCGCCGUCAGCCAAUAUUUCGGGCAACGCAGGCAACAUGGUCCCAAAUACUCAUUCUCGCACCCCCAGUAUACAUCAGCCAGCAGCGCAAGUUCCCCAGGCCCAGCCUGCUGGAAUUGUUGCCAGCUCUGCGGGCUCUAGUCAACCCGGACUUCACCCAGACGACGAGAAGGCGCUUGCAACUUUCAAGGAUAACAUGCUAAAAGCCCUCUCGAAGAGCGUGCCUUUGGCGAAGGCCACACAGCUGAUAGAGACUGCUUUCAAUCGUGCCCUUGGCCUGCCUUCGCAGGCGUCCAUACCAGGUUUCGAGACUGUGGAGAAGAGAUUGACAGAUGGUGCAUUAGAUGUUCUCCGGGAAACUCGCAACAAGCGCCAGAACCCACCACCUUCAGCUUCACCAGCACCUGCGCCGCCUUCAACACAGCAGUCGACGCCGGCUCUACGUCCAAGUCCCGCGGCCGCACCAAACGUGGAUGCAGAGAUACAGGCAUCGGUCAAGGCCUUCCGCGACAACUUUGUACUGUCUCUGAAGCAAAAGACCAACCAGGCUGAAGCCAUUGUAGACUCGGCCAUCAACCAAGCUCAGGGCUUACCAAGUGCCGGCAAAUUCAAGGGUUGGGAACAAGUCCAUGAUCUUUUGGUCGAGCAUGUUACCAAAACCAUCAACGGCGCACGCAAGAAACAUGGCUUGCAACCUCUUGGCACUGCACCUGCGAGUGCAGGACAAUCUCAAGGUACCCCGUCAGCAACAGUGCGCCAGACCCCAUCGGCAUCCCCUGCACCAGUGCAGCCGUCUACACCCUCAACGACGGCGAAUGGUCCGAAACAGCAGGAUUCCCAGCCGCCUCCGGCUCAGCGGACCCCUUCUGCACCGAACCAGGCCACCCCAACAAUGCCCUCUGUGCCCAGGCCUGGCAUUUCGGUAGCUCGCCCUUCGUCUAUUGGCAUUGCCCGACCUGGUGCCGUCUCAAUAGCCCGCCCUUCGAUAAACCGCCAGACUUCGGCGGCCCCGACAACCAUGUCCCCAUCUGCGCCUCCAUCUGCACCUGCAUCCGCCCCUGCUCCGCCUUCAGCACCUCCACUAGGAAGUCAACCUGCAACUGCUCCGACGCCCGCCCCAUCGACCACUCCGAUGCUAACCCCUGCUCCACAAACUACGCAGGUAGUCCAGGCGCCAGCGGCAUCUGCGGCUCCAGCUCUUGCCCCGGCUUCUGCUGGACCACCACAUCCGAUCUCUGCUGGUAUUGGUGUAAAUGGGGGUGUUGCCAGGUUUCAGGAUUCACCAGUCCCCAAGACAGUCAGCCCUGCUCUUCAGACAAUGGCCCACCCGCCAAUGCCAAAGACCGCAAGUCCAGCCCCGCCGCCGACGACAACGCCCAGUGCCGGGGUCAUGGAGCAGAUUAUGGGCCAGAAACGAGGGCAAAGCAACGAGAAUGCGCAGCAACACGAGCCAAAGAAGCUGCCCACCUCUUCAUAG